AUGUGGAUAUUUGGUUACGGUUCACUAUUGUGGUAUACAGAUUUCCCAUAUCGAAACGUCAUUCCCGGUGUUGUACGUGGUUAUUCACGUCGAUUUUGGCAGCUUAGUCCUGAUCAUAGAGGCACAGCAAGCAGUCCCGGUCGUACAGUCACCUUGGUAGCAGAUAAAAAUGGUUCUUGCUGGGGUUUAGCUUAUGAAAUUGCUGAGGAACAAGUAUCGGAUACAAUUAGAUAUUUGGAUAUACGAGAAAAAGCUGGCUAUUUUAGGAAAGAAGUGAUGUUUUAUCCAGAUAAUGGUGAUCCAUUUUUUCCAAUCAAUGUUUAUUUAGCUGCUGAAGUGGAGAAUCCUUAUUUCACGGGUCCUACUGAUGAGAAAAAUAUUGUGCAUAGCAUACUUAGAGCUCGUGGAAUCAGUGGAACAAACAUUGAAUAUGUCUUACGAUUAGCAGAAUGUGUACAUCGAAUGGCACCGCAUAUUAAUGAUGAACAUUUAUUUGCAAUUGAAAGAAAAGUGGUAGAGGGAUGUCAUCAGUUGAACAUUCAGGAUGAUUACCUGAUUAAAUAUUUGAAUCAAAAGUAUCCAACCGAAUCGUUUACUAAAAACUGA